CGUCUCCCAAAGUGUUUGACAUUUAUCACCCGUGUGCUCUUUUUUAUUAUUUCCACUAAAAGAUUACAAUUUAUCUCCCUCCUUUCAUAUCCCAUCUGUGUACAUUAUCAACAAGUUGUUCUGACUGAAAACCCUGACUGUCGUCUAUACAGCAGCUUCAUCUAAACGUGCGUGCGUGCAUGUGUGUGUGUGUGCGUAUGUCGGUGAAUUCGGUUCGUUCCCAAAAAUUUUGCAACCUUCCUUUCCGGACUGUUUUGCGUGUUUGACUACCUCCGGUUUCGUCGAAAGCCAUCAGGGGGCAAUUUCCGGCUGCGGUAAAAAGUUUAGCCGACCCAAAUCGAAAGGAUAAAUCCCGAUCGACCGAACCCAGGCACACUGUAUAAUACUUCUCGGGAGACCGCCGCACUGAGCAGCACCGUGUGGAUGACAAAAUGAAUAAGCAGGUAUGGGUUGCCUUUGCCGUGUUUGGCGCAAUAUCAAUUUUGCCUACGAACUGCCGGAUCGUGAAGAGGAGCUACUCGGAUCAGAGCGUACACGGAUACCUGACGGAGAGGACCUGCUGGUGGAAUGAAGUCUGCAAGGAAGAAUUCCAGCAACUGUUCCGCUGCCGGUGUCCCCAGUGGUCGUACUGCAGAUCACCGGGUCGCUACUACAACGCAUACUGCUCCAUGACCAACACCGGCUACAUAUGGACUCAACCCUCGUGGGACUGGGAUACUGCCUAACGCAUUCGCAUUCUCCGCGUUCGCUAAUUUAACGUAUUAUUCGUUGUUUGCCCGGAGGGUAACCGAUACAUUCAGUAGAUAAGCUAUAUAGAAAUAUGCAUAUUUUAUCCGCGUUGGAAUUAUUGAGUUCCUUCGAUUUUAUUGUUUGGUUGAAUAUAGAUGAAUCAUCCUCAACCGCAGCGACCAAAUGUUAAAUGAAAUGAAAAAUGACAACCGCAUUCUUAGAGACCAAAUAUUUUAUAUAGAUUUAUAGGGAACCAUGUAGGAUCAUAGGACAUGAACAUCAUACCGAUAUAGGCUAGUGCGUUAUACACAGAUCAAGGGUUUUUCUUUCUUUCGUUGAACGAUGUUUCACACGGUAGACUCAGAGGGACUCAAUUUUGGCGCACGCCGAAGGUUGUACUGAACACAGAUAAAUUCGUUAAAGAACCACUUAAAAUGAUAUCAAAGAAGAAAUUCGUCAUAUCAACUGUUACCUUUUCUCCUAGUUUCAUAGUAGAGUUGCAUUACACCGUAUUUGGGUGGAUCUUUCAACGAUUUCGUUCAUCGAACAUAUCUCGGCUUAAUAAUUCAAUGAAUCUUUUCAGAACAGUUGGAAUGACUACUCAGCUUUACGACGACGAAAGGGAAGACAAAUAUCAAAACAUGUUUUACUGUCAAAAUAAGUAGAAUAGAAGCGUUACUCAGUGAUAUAGAUAGUGGAUCAAGGCAGAAGUUGCAGUUUGUUUGCAAACGUUUCUCCAGUAUUGAAGCUACAUACAUAUAGCAACAAUGCACGCAUUGCUGUUGCGCAUAAGACUCUUGGAAUAAAAUUUCCAAAGUGCAUUAUUUAAGUGUAUAUUUAAAUAUGCAGCGAUCAAGCGCUACGAUUCUGUGUAUAGAAUACAAUGAACAGAAGCGUUCACAGCCAGAUUUCAAAUAAAAUCAGUAUAUGCCAUGAAA